AUGGAUUUCAAGAAUCGUCGUCAACCUGGUGGCUCAUUGACGGCGCACCUGCUGUACAUCUGUGCUUUCAUGGUGUCAGUGGGCAUUAAUUUUACACGUGUUCCGAUCAUAUACGCUUUUCGCCUCAUGGCGUGUGAUGAGUAUUAUCUUCAUCAUCCUACAUACGAUGGCGCUGGAGAUAGGUGUGAUGUCCACGAAAUCGAGGCCACUGUAGCAAAGGCCGUCUCUAUACUUGGGCUCACUGUCACAGUGAACGGAGUUUUUAAUUUGCUCUUCGCUAACUGGAGCAUGAAGAGUUUCGGGAUCAAAUCUGUCCUGAUUCAACAACUGAUUGGUCCCACCAUCCGUCUCGCGAUGCAACUGUAUGGAGUUCACGUCGGUGGAGCUCGGGGUAUUCUCCUCGUUCAGAUAUCGAAUAUUCUCGGUGUUGUGGGCGGCUCAACCGGUUAUGUACUCAUCUUGAAUACAUUUAUAUCUCGAGUUGUACCAGACUCUGAACAAACAGUAGCCUUCGGUCGUCUACAAGGAUCUGUCAUGAUGGGGACUGCCAUGGCGUAUUUGCUGGGAGGAGUUGUUGCCGAUGCGUUUGGUACGAUGGCAGCUUUCGAGGUCGCCUGUGUUAUUAUGGCAGUAUCUACUUUAUUCAGCGCCCUCGCCCUCCCGAAGCUAUCGCAACCAGAAACCUUGGAAAAUACGUCAAGCAACAUGAUUUCGAAACUAGUUCUCCCAUUCUUGUCUGUCUUCUCUCGAAAGAUGCCCGGGAGUGAUAAAUAUUGUUCUGCACGCCCGCUGCUUAGCUCGGGCGUAUUCUUUGGUGUGUUGGCCACGGGCUUCAUACCAAUCUUAUUGCAAAUGUAUUCGACCAAUGAGUUCGGAUUUAGCUCAAGAGAGAACGGCUACCUCAUGGCACUGAAUUUUGGAGUACGGAGCCUUUACCUCACACUGGCCUUGCCUUACAUUAUCAAGAUAGGGCGGAAAUGGUUGAGCAAUCAAACGACACAAGCUGUUUCUGAUGGCACAGCCAACAACACAGUCUCAACAGGGAUUUCGGACAGUCGCCAACAGGAAGAACUUGCUCCUCUGUUGGGUCCAAAGCCGCCAUCUCCUAAACGCCUGGAAACAACAUUUGAUCUCUGGUUCGUGACUUUGAGUUUUGCAAUCGAUGCGAUUCUCACGGCGGCCACUGUAUUUUCACGAGACACAGCACACUUGUACCUUGCUGCUGUACUACUGCCUCUGGGUUCUGGAUCCGCACCAGCUGCAAAAGGGGUCAUGACCUCGCUUUGUAAACCCUGGGAGAGGGUAGAUGCACUAAGUGGCAUUGCGAUGCUGGAAAUGCUAGCAACUGUAGCGGCGAUGGCUGUUUUUGGGUCGGUAUUCUCGGCAUUUGCAGUCGUGGGCAAAUCUGGCAUGGUAUUUUUCAUCAAUGCUGGAGUAGCUCUUGGAGCAGCGCUUUUGACCGCAGCAGUAAGGCUACCCAAGCCUGCGCGCUAG